UCAACGCUGAUGGUGGAAUAUUUCAUCUCUCUCUCCUUCUUAAAAGUCAAUGGUGAAUCCAGAGACAAUUUUGUAUAUCUGAUCUUCAACUUUUCUCGCUACUCUAGUCUCUCAUGGCUUCUUCUUCUUGUUGUUCUUCGCCUCGCACAUGGAGAUACCAGGUGUUUGCGAGCUUUCACGGAGCAGAUGUACGUAAAACAUUUCUGAGUCAUUUACGCAAACAAUUUAACUACAAUGGGAUUACCAUGUUCGACGAUCAAGGGAUUGAGAGAAGCCAAAUAAUUUCACCUGCACUCACACGAGCGAUUAGGGAAUCAAAGAUCUCGCUACUCUUACUAUCGAAGAACUACGCUUCAUCGAGCUGGUGUUUGGAUGAGCUGUUGGAGAUUUUGAAGUGCAGGGAAGAUAAUGGACAAAUAGUGAUGACUGUCUUCUACGGAGUUGAUCCAUCUGAUGUGCGGAAACAGACCGGAGAAUUUGGGAGCUCUUUCAAUGAAACUUGUGCUCGUAAAACAGAGAAGGAGAGGCGAAAAUGGAGCCAAGCUUUGAACUACGUAGGCAACAUAGCCGGAGAACACUCCCUAAACUGGGACAAUGAAUCGAAUAUGAUUGAGAAAAUUGCUAGAGAUGUUUCAAACAAACUAAACGCUACACCUGCUAGGGAUUUUGAAGACAUGGUGGGACUUGAAGCACACUUGAACAAAUUGCAGGCUUUGUUACAUUUAGAUAAUGAGGAUGGAGCUAUGAUAGUUGGAAUCUGUGGCCCUGCAGGCAUUGGUAAGACUACCAUUGCUAGAGCUUUACAUAGCCGACUCUCUAACCGUUUUCAGCUUACUUGUUUUAUGGAGAAUAUUAGGGGAAGCUGUAAUAGCGGUCUUGACGAGUAUGGAUUGAAGCUUUGUCUACAAGAACAACUUCUUUCUAAGAUUUUAAAGCAAAUUGGUAUGAGGAUAUACCAUUUAGGUACAAUACAGGAAAGGCUAUGCGAUCAAAAAGUACUUGUCAUUCUUGAUGAUGUGGAUAAUCGAAAGCAACUUGAGGCUUUGGCUGAUGAAAAGAACUGGUUUGGCCAUGGAAGCAGGAUUAUCGUGACCACUGAAAAUGAAGAGAUUUUAGAGAAACAUGGCAUCAAUAUUACAUACCAUGUCUAUUUUCCAACUAGAGAAGAAGCUCAUAAGAUCUUUUGUAGAUAUGCCUUUAGACAAAGCUCUGCACCAGAUGGUUUUGAAAAGCUGGUUGAAAGAGUGACAAAUCUUUGUAGCAACCUUCCAUUGGGACUCCGUGUCAUGGGCUCAUCUUUAUGCGGAAAGAAGGAAAAUGAGUGGGAAGUUAUACUACGUAGGCUAGAAAAUAGCCUUGAUCGAGAUAUCGAGGGAGUUCUUAGAGUUGGAUACGACACUUUACAUAUCAACGAUCAAUUUUUAUUUCUCCUCAUUGCAUUCUUCUUCAACUACCAAGAAAAUGAUUAUGUGGAAGCAAUGCUCGGUGACUGUAACUUGGAUGUCAUACUCGGGUUGAAAACCCUCGCAUAUAAAUCUCUCAUACAAAUAUCAACUAAAGGAAGUGUAGUGAUGCACAAGUUACUACAACAAGUGGGUAGAGAAGCGGUUCAAAGACAAGAGCCUGGGAAACGCCGAAUCUUAAUUCAUGCUGAUGAGAUUCAUGAUGUUCUCGAAAAUGAUACCGGUAGUAGAAGUGUGAUGGGUAUAUCUUUUGAUAUAUCUACAAUCUCAUACGAUAUGAAUAUAAGCGCAAAAGCUUUUAAAAGUAUGCGUUAUCUUCAAUUUCUCAACGUCUACAUGACAAAUUUUGAUAGCAGUGAUAGAGUGCACCUACCUGAGGACAUGGAUCUUCCACCUCGUCUAAGGUUAUUACACUGGGACGUAUACCCUAGAAAGUGUCUUCCUCGUACAUUUUGUUCGGAAUAUCUUGUGAAACUCAACUUGCGGUAUAACCAACUUGAGAAGUUGUGGGAAGGAAACCAGCCCCUUCCAAAUCUCAAGAAGAUGGAUUUGUUAGGAUCCUUGAACCUCAAGAAACUCCCGGAUCUUUCAAAUGCUACUAAUCUGGAGAGCUUGAUUCUGACUGGUUGCAAGAGUUUGGUGGAGAUUUCUUCCUCUAUUGGAAAUCUUCAUAAACUAGAGUUGUUAGACAUGGGAUUCUGUACAAAGCUACACGUUGUUCCGAUACACUUCGAUUUGGCAUCUCUUGAAUCGGUCUACAUGGUGGGGUGCUCACAGUUGAGAAAGUUUCCAAAUAUUUCCAAGAACAUCACAUCACUCCAUAUCGCAGACACGAUGUUGGAAGAAUUGCCUGAAUCAGUUUGGCUUUGGUCUCGCCUUCAGAGGCUCGGUAUAUUUGGUAGUGUCACUACAUUUCGAUUUGCAGGUAAACAUUUUCUAGAACGAAGUGGCGCAGAUAUUGAGAAAAUUCCAGAUUGGAUCAAAGAUCUUCAUGGAUUAAAAGAGCUUUACGUAGGUGGCUGUCCAAAACUUGCAUCACUGCCAGAGCUUCCUGGCUCGCUCAGAACACUAAUAGCAGAAACUUGUGAAUCACUAGAGACCAUAUCUUUCCCUAUUGACUCUCUAAUAGAGUUGGCCUAUCUUCCUAAUAGCUUCCAAUUGGGCCAAGAAGCACAAAGAGCAAUUAUCAAGCAAUCAGGUAGUGCAAAGGCAUGUCUACCCGGAAGGAACAUACCUGCCGAGUUCAAUCACCCAGCAAUAAGAAAUUCCUUGACCAUCCGUUCAAAUUUCUACGGAUUUAGGAUUUGUGUUGUGGUUUCCCCCAAACAGCAAAUGGAAGAAGCUCACUCUGCAUUAUUGUGUCGCAUACACUUAAAUGGUUCCCUUGUUGACAAAAACAUAGUACAUGAUCUCCCAUAUCUGCAAACAGAACAUCUAUUUAUCUUUCAGUCUGAAUUGUUUGACAAAGAUGGAUGGCUUGAACAGGACAACGAGAUAUUGUUCGAAUUCAGCACCACACCCCAAGACAUCAACAUUAUUGAAUGUGGUGUCCAGAUCUUGACUUACAAACCAACCGAAGCAGAAGCAGCUAGGUAAAGCUAUGAAUC